GCGCAUUUCUGAAUACAGCUUUGCUUUACAGUAAGCUAGCAUCUCCAGGUUGUAAACAGAAUGUCAGUUAUUAUUUAGAUGCUAUAUGAAAUUAGAACUAGUAAAUGCAGAAUCAAAUACUUUUAAAAGGCUUUUAGUAAUAGUUUCAUUACUGGCACUCUUCCAAAAGUCCCAUUUGGUGUCUUUCCCCUUUUCCCCCUAACGUUACACAUCAACAAAUACUAUUACUGGUGAUAUAUCGUCGUUACAAAGAUAUAGUGAAUACAAUUAUAAUGUGUUUUACAUUGAAUGUGUUGCUUACUGUUUGCAAACAAGUAUUGGUGAAAAUAUUUCCAUAAUUCUAUCUUGUGUUGAUCAAUAUGUUAGUGUCGAAGAGGUCAACCUGUUCCAGCUCUUAAAGUGAGCAUGUUAACAAUCAGCUGCAGUCAUGCUGAAGCCCUGUGUGGGUUUGUCAGAGCAAGAGGAAAUGGCUGAUGUGUGUGUAGUUGUAAAUACAAAAAGGGGUUAAUUAUAAGCUCUUGCUUGUAAUUAUUGCAAAGCAAAUAUGCUCCAAUGGAAACGGAAAUAAAUAUAGUUCAAACAAAAAGUUAUUUCAUAAAUUAUACAAGAAAAAUCAAUUUAUGAGUUUUUAUGUUUUCUUAGAAGGGUGCAGAAGUGAACAUUGCUGGGUCUACCUGUCUCCGUUUCUAAACCUCUCUUCUGUGUGCCGAGGAGCCAUUUGAGGGCCCACAUCAGCAUGGUGAACAGCCAAGCGUCAGGGGUACCGCCGGCCCCCAGGUCGUGUGCAGGAUGCGGGGGGAAGAUCGCAGACCGCUUCCUGCUCUUCUCCAUGGAGCGCUACUGGCACACUCGUUGCCUCAAGUGCUCUUGCUGCCAAGUCCAGCUGGGAGACAUUGGCACCAUCUGCUACAGCAAAGGGGGCAUGAUUCUGUGUCGGAGCGACUACAUCAGACUGUUCGGGCACAGCGGGGCAUGCAGCGCCUGCGGCCAGUCAAUCCCAGCCAACGAGAUGGUGAUGAGGGCACAGGGAAAUGUUUACCACCUCAAGUGUUUCAGCUGUGCCACCUGUAGAAACAGACUAAUGCCUGGCGAUCGCUUCCAUUACAUCAACGGUACAAUCUUCUGUGAGCAUGACAGACCCGGCGCCGUCUUGCUCAACAGCCACCUGCCUCCACUUCAGAGCAACUCUGUGCUGACAGACCAGAAGGUAUGCUGAGUGGCACAAGUGCUGCGUGUUGGCCUCGCCUUUCCUUCCGAGCUUCACUUCACUGCGGUGCACUAUUUCUUCUCCUGCUACGUCGUUGUUGUUGUGGAUUCUCAUCACUGCCUUAGUUCUUCUCCCCGGGGAGGACGCUCCUGGUUCGUCACCAUGUCAGAGACUAUAUACCGUAUACAAAGUCACAUUUAUGUUGUGUUCAAUGUUAAAGUGCAUCAUGCAAAGACUUUAUGUGUGAUUUGCACUUGCAAAAGGAUUCUUCGGGGCUAAGAGAAAGGUGGAGGAAAACAAUGAGGAUGAAAGCCUGCGCCAACUGGAAGAGGGAAUAAAAGACGCUUGAACGAACAUUUGAUGGACUGCUGUAAAAUGACUGUCAAAGCUUUGUUUAUGCCAUGUGGCAUUAUUUCCCCUGAGCGCCAGUGUUUUUAAUGAACUCUUGAUCUCUCUCUUGUAUAUGUUAAUCUGAGAUCUUACACACUGAGGAUUGAAUAUAAAAUUGAUGGGUGUCAGGCAAAUAUCCAGAGUAUCUGAAAAUGUUCAGUCAGGAAACCUUGAAAUUAGUUUAAAAAAACUGCUUGUCAGUGAGAUUCAAACCCACAGCAGAAACCUUUUUUAAAUGAAAAACAGAAAUAUGACGUUGCUGUAUGAUUACUGGGUUUUCUUGCAUAAACACCUGAAAUUAUUCUGUGAAGGUUUUUUUUUUUUCUUCUGUAGAGUUUUAUUUCUUUAUCAGAUAACUGUUCAAUGUGUGAAACACAAAGUGUGGCGUUAAAAACAAAAACCCUAUUAAAAUGAUUUUGCUGUAACAUGUCGAGAAGCGAGCUGAGGUAAUUUUGAAGCCCCUUAGCGGCAUUAGAGUGGCAUUGUAUUGCAUGGUACCUAGCAUGCUGGAUGUGACUCUCUCACUCUCUGUAGCCCUGUAUGGUGAAAACAUGCCUGAUUACCCAGAGGAAUGGAAUUAGGGGGCUUGAGCUCUGACCAUUUACAGAAGCAAUUAAACAUGAGCCCUGUAUCUGUGCUGCUGGAGCUCUUGGGAGGCUGAACUUGGGGCAUAUCCCGUGGCUGACUGGCUCUGUGGCUGCCUUCCUCUAAUAAAGCCUAAUCUGAAAGCAGGCUAAUUAAAGGGGAGUGGCCCCCUCUACAUCCAGGGCAUUUGAAACAAUUUGAUGUAUUUACUGUUUACCAUGUUCCAAUUAAAGCUCCAACACAGA